UAGAGCAAAAUAAACCAUCACUCUGGAGAGAAACGAGUUGUGACACUCUCUCUCUCACACACUCACACCUGUUAGGGAUAUGCCGGUCAAUGUUGUAUUGGACGGACCCGCUCCAUGGGGCUUUCGGCUUAUUGGAGGAAGGGACUUCAGCCAACCUCUGACCAUCGCCAAGAUAUCCCCAGGAAGCAGAGCUUCAAGAGCCAACCUCUCUCCUGGAGAUAUCAUCCUUGCAAUAGAUGGAGUUGCUGCAGAAAACUUGAUGCACUGCGAGGCUCAGAAUCUUAUCAAGAAUGCAACCUAUCAGCUCACACUCACUGUUGAGAGACCAGAGACCAAACUGUGGUCACCCAGAGUUACUGAAGACUGCAAAACCAAUCCAUUUAAAAUGAACCUAGAGGCAGAGAAACAAGACUACAGACCAAUAGGAACAGGCCAUAAUCGCAAAGCAGCCCCCUUUGUAGCAGCAGCCAACAUUGAUGACAUGCGACAGGUGGUGAGUCCAAUCUACAACUCCCCUAUUGGCCUUUACUCUUCAGGCAAUAUCCAGGAUGCCUUACAAGGACAACUCAAAGGCCUCAUCCAUAACAAACUAGAGAGUCCGAGGACCCUGACCAGUAUAGAAGAGUCCGAAGUAUAUCAGAUGCUGCAGAGAAAUCAGGACGAGGAAGAGCCCCAUGAACCGCGACAGUCAGGAUCUUUUAAAGCCUUACAGAGCUAUAUCAACAGUGAGGGUUCACUUCCACUAGUGACGAGGAAAGUUCGUGCCCCCACGACCAAGCCCUCUGCACCCGCGGGGAACUUGCACAAGCUUCCAAUGUGUGAUAAAUGUGGUAACGGCAUAAUUGGGACCGUUGUGAAGGUUCAGGACAAGUAUCGUCACCCAGACUGUUUUGUGUGUACAGACUGUGAGGAGAACCUCAAGCAGAAAGGAUACUACUUCAUAGACAAUGAGCUGUAUUGUGAAACUCAUGCUUGUGCUCGGGCAAAACCUCCUGAGAGUCCAGACCUUUGAACUUCAUAUAGUUUUGUCUUCUGAUUACAUGAGUGAACCUACUAUGGGUUGACCAUUCUUGAGUGAACGAACAUCUUAUUUUAACCAGUCACACAGGUUUCAUCACAAAUCAUGCUUAAUCACAAAAACCAGAUACUGAAAGACACAGGAGUUUAUGCAUAGUGUGUUGGCUGAUUUUUGUUUGUGAUGUGUGAUGCAGUGUUUUGCACUUUGUAGGAAUAGAGUGUGUUGACUGAAAUACAUUUUCUGAAUAAAGAUUUUGAUUUUGGAG